AUGAGUCGUUCACCGUCUCAAGAGGACGCACCUUUAUUAACUGAUAAUCGUAUACCAAACGAUCGAGAAGACGAAGAAAGUUUACUUGCUCCUCGAGAUCAUUCCGGUUGCCUUCCUUUACGUCAUGGAAAAUUUACAAGAUUAGAAGUAUUACUGGCUUUUACUUGUCUAAUACUUUUAGUACUUAUGAGUAUUUUCGCUGGUUUAUAUAGUGGAAAGACUAAUAAACAUCAUGAAAUUUUACCUCCUGACGAACCUUUUAAAAAUGUAACAAAUGUAAUAUAUAUUUCUUUACUGCCUCAGUUAAUAUCUGAUAUGGAUUUAAAUGUUGAUCCUUGUGAUGAUUUUUUCCAAUAUAGUUGUGGUGGAUGGAUAAAAAGUCAUAUCAUUCCUGACGAAAAGGGACGAUUUGGUUAUUUUGAUACUUUAUACGAAAAUAAUCAAAUAAUUUUAAAAGAAAUUCUUGAAGGUGAAUUUGUACCAUCCGAUGAACAAGAUCUUCCACCACCUGAAGAAAUAAUUGAUAAACAAAACUUUUAUAAACUCCAAGAUUUUUAUGAAUCGUGUAUGAAUGAAACUAGAAUUAAUAAACUUGGUCGAAAACCUUUGCUUUCGAUAUUGACGAAAAUUAUAGAAGAUUUUCCAGUAGAUCAAGAUUAUUCUUAUUUUGGUUUUAAUCCAAUUAAGAGGGAAGAAAAAAGACAAAAGAUUGAGAGAGAUCAAGAUAAUAAUAGUCCACAACUUGAUAGUUAUAAUUUGACGAAUGCACUAUCUCAUCUAUCGACUAUUGGAGUGACACCAUUAUUCUUAUUUUAUACCAAUGCUGAUGCCAAAAAUCCAGAAAUCAAUGCUUUACAUUUACAACAGUCCGGACUUGGUCUUCCUUCUAAAGAAUAUUAUAAUGAAGAAAAUAUUUUAGACAUUUAUCAAGGAGUCAUUGCAGAAUUAUUCGAAAAAGCCAAUAUUGCAUAUACAGUUGUAGAAUUUGAAAAAGAAUUGGCAAAAAUAUCUUUAUCCGCUGAUGAAUCUUCUGAUCCUGAAGCAACAUAUAAUAAUCAAACAUUAGUAUCACUUAGCCGACUUAGUCCUACAUUCAUAUGGUCACAUUACAUUAGUUCUCAUUUACCACCAACAUCUAAAGAUCCUACCAAAAUAAUUUUACAUUCAAAUGAAUAUUUUAAGAAUCUUUCAAUACUGGUGAAUCAAACUCCCACCCCAGUCUUACAAGCUUAUCUCAUUUGGCAAGCUAUUCUUGGAUAUUCAGAAUUCUUGGAUGAAAGUUUUAGAGCUCCUUUAAGAAGAUUAAUGUCUAAACUUCGAGGUAUCGAUGAAUCUGUAAAACCAAAAAGGUGGCAAGUAUGUCUUCGUGCUGUUGAUUCUGCUUUAGGACAUAUGGCCGGAAGAUUCUUUGUGUUAAGAGCUUUUGGUCAAAGUAAAGAAAUCGCGGACCAAAUGAUUGAAGGAAUUAAAACAGCAUUUAUAAAUCGUAUGCCAGAAAUUGAUUGGCUUGAUCCUCAGACAAGGGAAAAGGCCAUUCACAAAGUUAAAAAAAUUAUUCAGAAAAUCGGAUAUCCAACCAAAUCCCCUAAUAUCAUGUCACCGAAGUCAAUCGCAGAAUAUUACGAAAGAAUUACAAUUAAUCGAGAUGAAUUCUUUGAAAAUAUAAAGAAUGUUGAAAUUUGGCAAUCUGAAAGAAUUUGGCGGAAUGUUGAUAAACCAGUUGAUCAUGGAAAAUGGUAUAUGGAACCUCAAACCAAUCCUACUUCAAAUGAAAUUGUGUUUCCAGCUGGAAUCCUUCAAUCUCCAUUUUUCAGUUCAAAUGCACCAGAAUAUAUAAAUUUCGGUGCUAUCGGUAUGGUUAUUGGACAUGAACUUACGUAUGAUGCAAGUGGACGUUUAACUCAAUGGUGGUCUAAUGAAACUGUUAAAGCAUUCAACAAUAAAUCGGAAUGUUUUAUUCAUCAGUAUUCAAAUUUUACAGUAAAUGAUCCUAACGGAAAUCCUACAAAUUUAAAUGGUCAUUUAACUUUAGGCGAAAAUCUGGCUGAUAACGGAGGAGGAGCAUUUCAAGCAUGGUUUACUAGAUUUAGUAAUGAUUCUGACUCAAAAUUAUAUAACAAUGAACUUCUACCUGGUCUAAAUGUAACAAGAGAGCAAUUAUUUUAUAUUUCAUUUGGUCAUUCUUGGUGUUCAAAGACUAGGCCUGAAACUGCUGUUCGUACUGAUCCUCAUUCACCACCAGUAUGGCGAGUUAAUGGAGUUUUACGUAAUUCAAAACAUUUUGCAGAAACCUUUAAUUGUAAAGUUGGAACAAAAAUGAAUCCUAUAGAAAAAUGUGACCUUUGGUAG